CAGGUUUAUUUGUAUUGAACGGGGCUGUUUCAAGUCGUGCAAAAUCAAUUUCAAGUCCGUGUUGUAGGUGUCGCUGUUGACCACGUCUGCAGCCGCAGUGCGAGCGCGUGUGGGGGAAAGGAGGCUGCGUCUCAAGGCCAUUUUCAAAUCUCAUUGGUGGGUUUGUCAUGUGGUCGGGAGGCAUCCCGACUUAGCCUACAGAUUGUUUUUCCUAGAUAUGUCAUCUUACGAAGGGCAUCUCUCUCCUCUUAAGAACUGAACCACAAAAAUGUCCUUUCGCAGUAGCUCUCCUGCGGCAAACCCAUUUUUAGUGGACUCUUUAAUUGGUGCCUGCAGGACGGACAGCUUUUACUCCAACAGCAUGUACUUGCCGUCCGGCUCAGAAAUGGGGACCUACGGAAUGCAAACCUGUGGACUCUUGCCGUCUUUCGGCAAAAGAGGGGAGGUCAACCACCAUAAUUCGGGCAUGAAUGUCCAUUCGUACAUACCUCAAAUAGAUCACUGGACUGAUCCGAGUAGACCCUGCAGAAUAGAGCCGCACAGUCAGAUGUCAAACUGUACAUUCUCACAGAGCAUAAAGGAAGAGAGUAACUGCUGCAUGUACACCGAUAAGAGAGUGCAAAAAGUCAGCUCGCCCGAGGUCCCCGCAUACUCUAACGUUGGUGCUGAACCUUGCCCCGCCGAGGGUCCCGAGAUCCCGGUGCCGGGCUAUUUCAGACUAAGCGAAACUUACUCGAAUCCGAAGCAUCCGGAGAACUACUGCCAUGAAGCACCGAGUCCGAGCCCGACACUCAUGCAGCUCAGCCGGGUCACCCCGAAACCUCAGCCGCCCGUUUCUAAUUUCGCAGAGGCGGAAAAGAAAAUUCAGGAAGUCGCGCAAAACCCCGACACCAAGGCAAGAAGCCCCGUCCCCGCCGAGAGCCCGGGUCCGAGGUCCGGGGCGGAGGAGAGGAGCUGCUCGCUGGACAGCCCUGCUUCCAGCCCCGAGCUGCUGCACAAGGAGGGGAAAGGGUGCAAGAGUGACGCUUUACCAAACAGCUGGCUGACAGCGAAGAGUGGGAGAAAGAAACGGUGCCCCUACACGAAGCACCAGACCUUGGAGUUGGAAAAGGAGUUUCUGUUCAAUAUGUACCUGACCCGGGAGCGCCGCCUAGAGAUCAGCAGGAGCGUCAACCUGACCGACAGGCAGGUCAAGAUCUGGUUUCAAAACCGCAGGAUGAAGCUGAAGAAAAUGAACAGAGAAAAUCGCAUCCGAGAACUGACCUCAAAUCUCACAUUUUCGUGAGCUCACACGUGUCUGUGGUUAACUGUCUUGAUUGUUUUUUUGUUUUUUUUAAUGCUUUCGUGGCAUUGGACGUUCAUCCUCAUUCUCAAACAAGCUGUGACUAUCUCUAUCUGAAGUUGUGUGGUGUCGUGUAUUGGUUUAAUUUUAUCACAGGGUAACACUUUAGGUCUUAAAUUACUGGCGUACCAUUUAUUCUCUCAGCCAAAAAAAGAAAAAGAAAAACAUCUUAUUAUGUGGAAACGAGGAGCAGUGGAAGGGAGAGAAUACUCUGCUGCCGUCAUGAGAGCACAUUUAUUGUGUUUGGUGCAACAUUUGUUUUGCAGUUUGUGCAAACCAUUUGCUCAGUGGUAAGAUGUGUCUGUGGACCUCUAAGUGGUGGAAAUCAAUGUUAAAGCUGUGGAA